CUUAAAUAAAAUUACUAUAUUAAACAAGCUUUUCUUUAAGGUCAUUUAUAUUUGUUCAAAAUGAACAUCAUAUUUAAACAUGCUAACUCAUUUAUCCUGUUAUGUGUCUUUGUAUUACCUCAAGCAAGAUUAUCCCAAGAAAUGUCGAAAUUUUGCGCAAAUUUAGCGUUCCUUUUUAAAGAAACGCCCUUCUUGGACAGAUACGCGGCCGCCAAACAAGCCGGAUUUAGCGCCGUUGAAUCGGGGUUUCCUUUUGGUUUUUCGAAAGAACAAGUGGUCAAAGCUAAGAAUGCUGCUGGCAUUGAGCAAAUUCUUAUAAAUAUAUUCACAGGUGAUGUUACUAAGGGAGAAUUAGGAUAUGCAGCUCUACCAGGUAAACAAAAUGAAUUUAAACAAUCACUUAACACCACAGUGGAAUAUGCUAAAGCUCUAGGAGCAAGAAAGAUUCAUAUAAUGUCAGGACGCGUGGAAGGUCAAGUAACAGAUGACCAUGAUAAAACCUACAUAGAAAAUCUUAAGUUUGCUUCAAAAAUACUAGAAAAAGAAAACCUACUAGGGGUCAUAGAGCCAAUCAAUAAUUAUUCUGUACCUAAAUAUUACCUCAACUCUUAUGAAAAAGCUGUGAAUGUAUUAAAAAGUGUGAACAGUCCUAACUUAAAGCUUCAAUUAGACAUUUUUCAUCUACAGCUGAUAAGAGGAGAUAUAACACACACUCUUGAAGAGCUAAAAUCCCUUAUAGGGCACAUUCAAAUCGCUCAGGCGCCUAAUAGAAAUGAACCUGACACACCUGGAGAAAUAAACUACAAGUACGUUCUUGGCGCGAUCAAAAAUAUAGGAUACAAUGAUUGGAUUGGGUUAGAAUAUACGCCUUUAAAUGGAACUGUCGACGGACUGGGUUGGGUUAAAAAGUUAGGCUACACUUUGUGAUUUUACUGUUCAAAUAAAUACAGAUUUUUUGUCAUUUAAAA